UAGCCACCCACAGCAGCCUCCACAGCCUCGCAUCGUUGUCAUCGCCGAACCCUUCUUUGUAACCGCAUCCUUCAGUCUCGUCAAUUUCCAUUGGAAAGAACCAACUGUGGAGUUGGAAACCCUCACUGGCGACCAUCCCAAUCCAAACCAUGUUGGGUCUCCACAAUGCCACGAAUGUUGUUGUCCGCCUUCGUCAAAACCUUUCCGCUUGGGGCGUGCGUGCACAAAAUAUAAACAUAGGAGGUGGUGUUGGAGGUGAAAUCCCUGAUCAGAAGCGCCUCCAGUAUGCUCUUCAGCAUAUCCAUGGCAUUGGGCGUUCCAAGGCUCAUCACAUUGUCUGCGAGCUCGGUGUCGAAAACAAAUACGUUAGAGAUCUUAGCAAGAGAGAGUUGUACUCCCUUCGCGAAUUGCUUUCCAAGUACUUGAUUGGGAAUGAUUUGAAAAAAUGUGUUGAAAGAGAUGUGGGGAGGUUAGUGGGCAUUCAGUGCUACAGAGGCAUCAGGCAUGUCGAUGGCUUACCCUGUCGAGGCCAGCGAACUCAUACCAAUGCCCGCACCAGGAAGAGCAGACCUACUUGGAGGGGAACAAGAUGAAGAUGAAUAUUGCUGCUUGUGAUCAAUCAACAGAUGAGUUGUGUUUUAGUCUUUUAGCUCGGCUAUGAAAGCUAAUUGAAUAAGUUCUUGUUUUCAUGGCAGUUGAUUAGUAAUAGUUUAUUGUCUUUAAGUUGGUACUGUCAAUCAUUUGUGCUGAUUGCAUAGGUGUUUUUUCUCUAUUUCCCUAUUUGCUUGAAGAACUAUGAAUCAUCUUGAAGUGGAAUUUGAGUUCCUACCAAUUUGUGAAGGUUCAACUUAGAACUUCUUUUGUGUCUGUGGUUCCGAAUAUUCCAGUUCAUUGAUUGAGUGCAAUUCUUUUUUUUCA